AUUUCCAAAUUUUGAAGAGGCUGUUUCAAAUGACCAUGAUGAUGACUUGAUAAACAAUACAAAGAACGUCUCAGAUAUGGAAACAUCAGGUAUGGCAUUAGAGUCUCCUGCAGUUGAGGAAGAUGCUGUGGUCAAUUUGUGUGUUGAGAGGGUGGAUGUUGCAGAGGAUCUCACUCGGAGCUCGUUAGAUACAAUAUUGGAAAUAGGAAUUGAGAAUGGUUAUCGGGGUUCUUCUGGUUCACAAUCUGAUGUUAUUUCUUUAAAUUCAAAGAUCAGCGUAGAUGAAUUGCCGGAACCUUCUGUUCCUACUGCAUUGGAUAAGGACAUAACAGCUUUGAUUUCAGAGUUUGACGCCUCAGAUCAUGCACACGGCAUCCUUGAUGAAGGAACUGUAUCAAUAGGGAGCCAAGGAGGAACCACUAGAAACCUGACGCUAGAGGAAGCAACUGAUACAAUACUCUUCUGCAGUUCUAUCGUUCAGAACCUGGCACAUGAGGCUGCAACCAUAGCAAUGGAAAAGGAAAACUCAGUUCCAUUGGAAAAUUUCCGACCGACUGCUACUAUAUUGGGAAAUUCAAUCUCUAAUAGAAUGGAGCCACGUGGCAGAACUGUUCAGAAGCAUACUUCUAGGUCCCAGAAAACUAGGCAGAGGCGGGUCGAAACAGACACAAAACCUCCUACCAAUACUGUGGGCGAUGAUAAAACAGAUGUAUCUGCAACACAUGAAGGAACUGUAUCAAUAGGGAGCCAAGGAGGAACCACUAGAAACCUGACGCUAGAGGAAGCAACUGAUACAAUACUCUUCUGCAGUUCUAUCGUUCAGAACCUGGCACAUGAGGCUGCAACCAUAGCAAUGGAAAAGGAAAACUCAGUUCCAUUGGAAAAUUCCCGACCGACUGCUACUAUAUUGGGAAAUUCAAUCUCUAAUAGAAUGGAGCCACGUGGCAGAACUGUUCAGAAGCAUACUUCUAGGUCCCAGAAAACUAGGCAGAGGCGGGUCGAAACAGACACAAAACCUCCUACCAAUACUGUGGGCGAUGAUAAAACAGAUGUAUCUGCAACACGUAUUGUCGGGGUUCCCAAUAAGGGCGACAAUAUGAAGCCUCCAAAGCUGGAGUCCAAGUGCAAUUGCACGAUAAUAGAAGAUGUGAAUUCAAACUUAAUCAUUCAGUCCCAAGGAUACUCCUUGGACGAAGGUACUUUCAAGUUGACACUUCAAUUUAUAGAGGACUACCCGAAUAAACCACCAACAGUGGGAUUUAUCUCCCAAAUGUUUCAGGCAAACAGUUUAGUAUCUCAAGUUAGUAAAAGCGUUUCUAUAUGA